ACGAGCGGCGGGCCAGAGAGGCCGGAAGUGAGGCCAGCCAGGGGUCGCGCUGGCCGCGUUGGCGGUGUGUCGCCUCUAUUCCCUUCGUGGUAUUUUCCUGUAGGCCUCGGGAAAGACCGGGCCCCAGAUGGACCCUGGGAAGGACGAGGGAAGUCUGCCGCAGCCCUCAGGGCCGCCCACCAGGAAGAAGUUUGUUAUCCCACUGGAGGAAGACGAGAUCCCUCCCGCAGGGGCCAAGCCCUUAUUCAGAUCUUCACGGAACCCCACCACGGCAACCUCAGCCCAGGCGGCCCCUCAGUCAUAUGCUGAGUAUGCCAUUGCCCAGCCUCCAGGAGGGGCUGGGGCCACAGGGCCCACAGGCUCUGAACCUGUGAAGGGAGAGAACCCCAGCCAGACCCUGAAAACAGGAGCGAAAUCCAGUAGCAUCCUUGUGAGCCCCCGGCAGAGGGGCAACCCUGUGUUGAAGUUCGUGCGCAACGUGCCCUGGGAAUUCAGCGAGGUGGUUCCUGACUAUGUGCUGGGCCAGAGCACCUGUGCCCUUUUCCUCAGCCUCCGCUACCACAACCUCCAUCCAGACUACAUCCAUGAACGGCUGCAGAGCCUGGGGAAGACCUUUGCCCUGCGUGUGCUGCUGGUCCAAGUGGAUGUGAAAGAUCCUCAGCAGGCCCUGAAGGAGCUGGCUAAGAUGUGCAUCUUAGCGGACUGUACCCUGGUCCUGGCCUGGAGUGCGGAGGAGGCAGGGCGGUACCUGGAGACCUACAAGGCUUAUGAGCAGAAACCCGCUGACCUCCUCAUGGAGAAGCUGGAGCAGAACUUCCUGUCCCGGGCCACCGAGUGUCUGACCACCGUGAAGUCAGUCAACAAGACCGACAGCCAGACCCUCCUGGCUACAUUUGGAUCCCUCGAACAGCUCUUCACUGCGUCACGGGAGGAUCUAGCCUUGUGCCCAGGUCUGGGCCCCCAGAAGGCCCGCAGGCUCUUUGACGUCCUACACGAACCCUUCCUCAAAGUGCCCCGAUGACCCACUGCCACCGAGGCUCCAGAGUCACAAUAAAGCGUUUUCCAGGCCCAGGCUCCUGCUGGA